AUGUUAGACAAUGAUAUUGCCGAAUUGACUGAUAUCUAUAAAGUGUUAAAAAAGGAAAACAACAUCCUCAGACUUCUAUCAGAUGAUGUCCGCCAUCAGGUGAUGAGUUACUUCGUGAAGAAUUGUCUGAUAACUGACGAGGACUACGAGAAUUAUAUCAAGCUGUCAUCUGUUGACUCUUUGUUGGAGUACGUACGGCCAUGGUGGUAUGAUGUUACGUAUAAAAAUUACCCAUUCAUAUCCCUAGAAAAAAAUCUGUUCCUACCGGAGAGUUUGGAGGAUUCAUUGUUUCAAAGACUUGGCUUAGACGUUAUUCGUCACCCCAUUAUAGAUAAUGAUGAGGAGGAUUGUGAUCAGAGAACACAAGUUCUAUUCAGACAAAUAGUGAAAGAAAAAUUUAACAUACCAGAGGAAAUAUUUUACUGGGAAUAUGACGCACGAUGUAGAUACAUAGAAUGUGCUAAACGGGGAACAAAGACAGUACAUAGAGCCCGUGCGAUGAUUGUUGGAUGUGCAGGUGCUGGGAAAACCACCCUUCUAAAACGACUACAGAAGCUAGAAUUAAAGGAUUUACUGAACGUGUGCUCCACUGUUGGACUUGAGGUUCAUGAAGACAUGUUUGAACUGGAUGAAAACUCUUGUUUGAGAGCAUUAUCAGACACAAAAACAAUCAAAGACGACAAGCAGAUUCUUAGUGUGGUUGAUUUUGGAGGCCAGUGUGCUUACUAUGCCUGUCAUCAAGUGUAUCUGAGCAGAAGAGCUUUCUAUCUGCUGGUGAUAGAUAUGUCAAAAUCAUUUACAGAAAAAGUUGACGAAAAUAAAUGUGAGCAACGGGGGACAAUAUUUGCUGACUGGACAUAUGGAGAAUAUAUUCUUUUCUGGCUGAAAUCUGUUCACAAUUAUUGUGCUGAGAACACGUCAAUCAUUAUUGUAGCUACACACUGUGAAGAUGUUACACAAAAGGAUAAAAACGAAUUUUAUGGAAAGCUCUUGGAUUUGCUACCUACAGAUUCCAAUCUUAAGAAACAUUUACACCAUGAGAGGUGUUUCUUUGUCCAUUUUCCUUGUGAUAAAGGCGGAAAAUUGGAAAUUUUAUCUGAAUUAGAAAACUGUAUUGUUACUAUUGCCAAAGACAGAAGAUGGAAAGAAAACAUUCCAAAAGAAUGGUCCAUAAUUGAACUUGUCUUAAUCAAAAUGAGACGUUCUAUCAAGAUCGUUUCCGUCAAAGAUCUCAAAGAGACAUAUUGGAAGGCUGAGAAAGAUGAUGGUAUAAAAAUAGAAGAUGCGCUGUGUUUUUUCCACGAUAUUGGAUUGAUUUUGCACUUUAAAGAGGAGAACCUUUCAAAUACUAUCAUUGUUGACGUCCAAUGGUUUGUUGAUAUAUUUAAAUUUAUAAUAUCGGACAGAAAUCAUGUCCGAGAUUUAGCAGAAACAGACAAAGACUGGCAGUACUUCCAAAGGACAGGGUAUCUCAUGGACAAUUUCCUUAGUCGAAUUUGGGAGAGCUUAACUAUAAAAUCUCGGGAAAGGCCUACCAUUCUGCAAUAUAUGCAAAGACUAGGAUUACUUGUGAUAGGGGAAGUAAAACACUAUGUCCCAUGUAUGAAUAAAAGAGAUUUUGGCAGAAAUGAACAAAUUGCAUUACGAGGAAUGGAAACACAAUCUUCCGUGUUGGUGCUUCAUUUUCACUUUUUGCCUUUCUUCUUUUACUGUCGAUUGAUAGUUGCAUGUAUCGUGGGAACAGAGUGGAAGGUGGUAGAGGAUGAAGGUAUACCAUGCUUGUAUAAAAACAUAGCAAUUUUUGUAUACAUGGACCAUCUUAUUGCCUUGGUUGUGACGCAAACUGCAAUUCAAGUCCAGAUUUUGAGACCACAAAAUUUGCCUAUUGAUGCCAUCAUUGCCGUAAAUAUAAAGCAUAUUCUAGAAAAUAGACUUGGUUACUUAACAAGUACAUUUCACAAAAAAGUUGCAUAUAGAGUUGCAUUUCAGUGUUCAGAUCAAGAUGUGCUGUGCGAUAAUGUAGGGUGCUACGUGUAUGAAGAUGAAAUAUCAAAGAAAGGUCAAAUACUAUGUCCAAGACAUGGAUUUACAAGGAAGCACAUGAUAAACGAAGACGCUCUGACAAAAAUCUGGAAAAUCGCCACACCAUCUGUUUCCUGUACUAAAUCUGGGAAAGUUCCAUUGACAAACGAAGAGAAGUUGAGAAAGCUUAUAACACUUGGAAAAGAUGCUUUGCAGGUGUAUUUUGAUUCCAUUUUUCCAUCAGAGGAUUUACAAAAAUGCCUCAAAGAUAACAAGGAAUCCCUUUGUAAUGGACCUUAUAGAUUCACAGCUAAAGAAGUUAACAUUGUUUAUCCAGCCUCCGGGUCAGCUGUAGAGUCCUCUUUGUUUGAUGUCCCCAUCAUGUACAAAUUAUUGAGAAAUUUCGGGAACAACGUUCCACCGCCAACUAAUGGUUGGGGAAAGGAGCCAAAUGUUGGACAGAAAAACCAGGGUGACGACAUUGAGAGAAUUCGCAAGUACAGGAAUCAGCUUUGUCAUAAUCAAUUCAACACACAGAACAUGGAUGAUGAUGAUUUUGUAUUUUAUAGAGAAGAACUGACACAGGCAAUACUGAGACUCACAAAAAGAUCUUUUAAAAGCAGAAUUAAGGACAUUUGUCAAUAAAUUACAAAGAAUCCCAACAGAUAUUAAAGCGAUAUGAUACAUCGUCGUUUUGAAGGCAAAGAAUCAACAAGACAGAAAGAAAAAGAAGAUAUUGAGAGACAAUGAACCGAAGUUACACGACUUACCUCUAAUAAAAUAAACAUUUCAAAAAAUUCUUUAAAGCUUUUACUUAGUAUCACAUUCAAUUUAGAUUUUUUUUAUUAUUAAUGUUGAUAAUUUCUUUGAUGUGAUUGUCAAGAAUGAAAAUGAAUAACCACUUAUUAUUUAUUAACAGAUUAAUCAUGAAAAUAAAUCGUUUCCACGACUUGAAUGUCAAACUAAUUGCUCGCAGUCUUAAUCAAUAUUACUCGGAAAAAGAAUGGAACACAUUUACAUGUUGGUUCUACUUCUAGAGUGUGAGUAGCCUUUUUGGCAAAUGAUUCAUAAAAGAUGACAUAGAGAAAUGACAUACGCGAUGUCUUUUUAAAAAAGUACAAUUUGCAUAUGCAUGUUUGAGUCUUUUCAGUUUUGACCUUGAUCUAAGAAUUUGAUUUGCAUAUGCGAAACAUCAUUCUUCUACCUAAGCUGCUAUAAGAGGGUAUCAUCGUUUCAAACACAGAAUUUGGCACUCCACUAGAUUAAAACUUAUUGAAGUCAAUAGCCCCUUGAUUAUUUUAGUCGUGUAUAUCAAAAGCUAGUUUUAUCACAAUGAUUCUCUUUGAGUUUAUAUCAAACGUAAUUUAAUUUUGACAAUUUUUUUAAUUUUCAAAAGCUGUGCAAGUGAAUAAUAUUUGUUUUGAUUUAUUCGAUAUAUUUUGUCUAAAGCUUUCCAUGACCGGGAAACGUACACAGUCAAUGGUGACAUGUUUUGUACGUAACAAUUUUUUUUAUUUUUUUUUUGUCAUUGUAUAGUUAUAGCAAAUUUUGUUACGGGGUUAUAUUUACUUCAGAAUUGUUACACUUGUAACUCUUUUUAUUGUAUCAAAUUGCAAAAUUACAUAUAAAUAUAUAUGAAUAAGAAGACCAGUGUUAUGUUUUAAUGAAACCAAAUUCAAUUUCAAUCUAGAUGGCCACAAUGUAGUUUACUUCUGUAAGAAGGUUAUUUAUAUUUACUGGAUUUAAGAAAUUCAACCAUGAGAAGCAAUGACCAAUGUUCUAUCUAACUGCAGUAUUACAUUAUUUUAUAGAGGUAAAAAUGAACGAUUCUUAUAAUGUGUAGCAUGACAAACCAUAUUCAUUUCUUUACAAAAGGCUAUUUUUUUUUUCACACAUUUUGCAACGAUUUCCUUUUCGUCAUUUAAAAUACAACCUAUCAAAUAAUGAUAUAAAUAGUGUAUCAACUCAAUUAGUCUGCGAUAAAUUCUUGAAGACAUGCACAGUAAUUAACAUUUAGUCAAGGUUUAAACAUAUUUUAGAAUCUUUAAAAAGUUUUAGAAAUUUCCAUAAAAGAGUCCAAAACAUCUGCAUUGACAUUUUGAUUGAUUAUAAACUUCCCAAUUUAUUUGAAUCUUUUAUGUUGAAAAUAAGGAAAAAAUCAUGAAAAUCCUUUCUUUUGCAUUUAAGAUUAAAAGGAAACGUAAAUGAUUUAAUGUUUCCUUUUUGAAAUUUUUUUUAAAAUGGGGGGCACUGCAGAACUGAACAUGUCCCGUAACAUAAAUGUAUAUGGAACAGUGUAAAGUGUAGUCAUUUGAAGAUGCAACAAAUAUUCUUACAAAAGAACACUCCACAAAUUGAACCAAUGUCUGGUUCCUUUUAAGGACACAAGUUCAAGAAAAUUAUCGAUAUUUCCAAAUCCUUGAUAUAAAAAAUUAAAUCAAAAUUUCUCAUUCAGUAAAUUGUUCAUUCCAAUUUUUUCUCUUUUAAUUUUAAGAAAAUACGGUACUUCAUUGAUAUUU